UCAACAUUCUUUGUUUUGUUUCCACUGUUUUCAUAGUAUGAUUACUCUAGGGGUGUUUCGUUGUACCUGAAUUUCGAUUUGUUUUCAGAUAAUUCAAUUUUCAUCUACAUCUUGGAUGCUUUAUAUAGGUAUAAAUCAUUGACUAAUAAUUUCUGACGAAGUUUGUUAGUUCAUUGUUAACAAAACAUUACAGAAGCUUGAAUUAUUAUUGAAAGCAAUGUCCAAAGUACGCAGGAUCCGUCAAUAUAGUAAAGAUGAUCUUCAACGAGCUUUACAAGCCGUUGAUGAGGGGCUCAUGAGUUUAUAUCAAGCGGCUAAACAAUACAAUGUUCCUCGCACAACUUUAACGAUGUAUAACGAAAAUCGUAAUAGAAAAGGACAAAUGGGACCAACAUUGACAUUCUCGAGUGAAGAGGAACAAAUUAUGGUCUUAUGGGUGCAAGAUAUGUAUCAGAAAGGUUUAACACUACGUCGUGUCGAUUUACUAGAGGCGGCCCAAUGGAUUUUAGAAACAUUUCCCCGGGAAAAAAAGUUUAAAGAUAAUACUCCUAGCAAUAGUUGGUUGAGAGCUUUCGAAAGACGUCAUCCGGCAAUAACAAUGUAUAUCCAAGUGGAACCUACUACCAAUAGAAACAUUGUUGAAAAACCUAUCUUAAAAUGCUACGAAGACGUCUUCCUAAAUUUAGAUACACUGGAAGUGUUUAGCGAUCCAUCGCGGGUUUUUAAAUACAACGAAAUUGAGUUUAGUUUGGGUUUUAAUUUGUUGAGCCUUUUUGAAGCAAAUGGUAAAAACAGUAAUCGUCCUGAUUUAGUUACUACCGGUCUAAUAACAUCUGCUCGCGGUCAGUUAGCAUUUCCAAUGGUUGUAUAUCCUCGUAGCGGCACAAUACCUAUCGAUAUUGCUGAAUCGGUACCUUUAUUCUAUGGCAUUGGUAACAGCACAAGUGGUACUAUAACGAAACAAAAUUUUUAUAAUUUUGUUACCAAGACGUUUUACAAAUUUUUAAUACUUAACAAAAAACACUUUCCUGUGAUACUUUUUAUUGAUGGAACUAAACCAAAAGUUACCUUGGAAUUGUGGCAAGCAUGUCAAAAGCUAAAUAUCAGCCUUGUAGCUUAUAAUCCAAGCGAAAGUUUGAACAACCGGAAACAUGCCGCCAACAUCUCAAUCCUGACAAGACAUAUAAAAAGGAAACUUAGUGAUGCUUCCUUCCAAUGGAAAGAAUUGAAUACCGGCAACUGUAUCUCGGAAAUACACUUCUCAGAACUAAUUCAAACUGCUAUACAUCAUGGAAUUAGUCAAGAGUUAAUUAUAAGCGAUUGGGCAGACUUUCCGUUCUAUAAGUGGAUACUUCAACGUAGCACCCGAAUGGAGGAGAUUGAGUUUGUGAGUGCUGAUCAAGAAGAGUCUACGGAGAGACUUUUGCCCACCUGAAUAAAAUUUGUUUUAGAAAGAAUCUUACUUAUUACUUCUAAAUAUAUAUAUACGCAAACAAAAAUCGAAUUUGUCUGGGCAUGUCGAGCAAGUCAGAGUACUCAACGUAAAUAUUUGAUAUUUUUUUAUGAUGCCACAAUUUAACAACAGCGCAGUACACAGAAAUUUCUUUUCAGUAUUGGAGAACAUUACUUUGAAAAGCACUAUAAGAAACUAACAGCUGCUUGUUAUUCAAUAGGCAUGAAACAAAGGUUCCCAAAUAUUUCGGCUGAGCUCUGACGCAAAUGAGUUAUGUAAAUAACACCUAACAAAUCUCCGCUUUGCUCUGUAUUUCUCGUCUACAAAUAUACUUUAUUUAAAAUAUUUCCAAAAGACCUGUUUUGCUGAUAAACUGAUAUUUCAACACAUUUAAACACGGAGACGUGCCUUUCGCAUGUACACCUGACACACAAUGCUUCAGUUCUCACGAGUGCGAUAGAACAGCUGUACAAAUAUAUCGAACGGAACUGCGGGAUUUGA